AUGCCUAUGAUGGCGAAAGGCACGGCAGCGAUUAUGAAAGGCCAGCGAAAGGUUCGCCGGAGGCCUAAAUUGAGCGUUAGCAGCUUUUCGCCGAAAGUUGCGAUUGGUGUGCCAUUGGCGGCACGCAGCUUGGUCGGCGAUGGUGAGACGACCUCAUCUGGGCUACGGGGUAUAACGCUAACUUCGGCACCAGUGUCGACUAGAAACUCGGUGCCGGAAGUUAAAUCCCUAACGCGGAUGAGGCGACUUUGGUGUUGGCCGGUCGCGUCCGUCGCCGUUACGGACCGGCCGAGAAGUUUCCCUGCUUCUCGGCGAAGUUGCAAG